CAGUCUUUUCCAGAUCCAGAACUGUUCUUUGAAUUUGGGAAUACAAAAACUCUGUGUCACUUGGCAUACGGAUCAGCCACUGGGCUUUUAUUUUCAGCUCACAUAAUGGCCUGGAGGCUGUUAAUACUUGGGAAGAAAAUUGAACUUGAGAUCUUUCUUAUCCGUCAUUCCUUCCUGCUGGGAACUGACACUAGUGAAUGAAGACCUGACACACCCAGGAGAUGGCAGAGAACAUUCCUCAGGAUCUCACCCUGACCCUUGAAGAAACUGCUACUCACAUUGUUUUCCUAGCUUUUCUUGAUUAGUCAAACACAAAUAAUUUUCCUAGUUUUGCUUGAUUACUUAAAGAUAAAUGAUGUAGACAACCGGCCAACAAGUGUUCCCUUCAAAUAAGAAUUCUUGGGGUUGUGAUUGUAAAUACCCUCAUAAUCCCAGACAGCACUCAUGUUAAGGUCAUAGCAUUGUCUGCAAGACUUGGAGCUUUAUUGGAUUGUCCUGGUCGGGUCCCAUCCUUUACAUAAGCUACUCAGUUCUGUCCCUCCCCUUUAGUCAUUCAAAGCUGUGCCAUAGCCAAGAUUUAGUUCCUUGUCAGGAGUCAUUUUCCUACUCACUUAAAACCCCUGCUUUAGCUGGAUCAUGGCAUCUGAGAACACUGAGCCCCAGUGCUGUAUGUCUGAGAUGCCUCACCAUGUUUCCUGAGUUGCAGAGAAUUUUCCCAGCACUGUGCCUCCUCGGGUUCUAUUUCUAUUGCAAAGCCUACCUGUCCUAUGUGAGGUAUGUUGCCCAGUACCAGACCUAAAGAAUGGCAGAAUCACUACCCUGAGAAAGAAAGGUUUGGCCAGUAACUGUGAAUGUUUCCAUGGAGACUCGCUUUGGUAUUCAUGUAGUGGGAGACAAAGUGUUGAAGCUUCCUGCCCAGCAGAUGGCACCUAGAGUCCUGAGACACCAACAUGUGAUGAGAGUAAGAGUACUGUGUCCAAAACCAGAGAUAGAGCACGGAAAGGUGUUUGGGGAUAAAGAUCAAUUUGUUGAAUCUGAAAAUAUCACCAUCGAGUGUACUUCAGGCUAUACUGUGGUUGGUCGCCAAAAUAUCACCUGCUUAGAGAACCAUACCUGGUAUCCAGAGGUGCCCAAGUGUGAGUGGGAGUUCCCUUCAGGCUGUGAACAAGUUCUAGCAGGCAGAAAACUCAUGCAGUGUCUCCCGAGACCAGAGGAUGUGAGAAUGGCCCUGGAAUUGUAUAAAUUGUCCUUAGAAAUUGAACUCCUGGAACGAGAGACAGAGAAGGAGAGGAAAUGACUCUGGAGUCAUCACUGUAAUUGUUCUCAGAAGAGGGAGAAAAAAGUGCCUUGCUGCGUUCAAUUCAAUAUGGAUCACUCUAGUCUAGCAACCCUACCAUCCCACUGACACCAACAUUCAUUGUAAUAAAUACCUAGAACAGCUAA